AAAAGCCCUUGCCUCUCUACAGUCCUCUAUCAGCUUCAUCACUCGCCUUCUCUCGCCUUCUACUCAUCUGAGGAACGGACUCACCUCCAUCACUCAACACCAUGGCCAACUGUGGACUUGCCUCUGCUGUCCCAUCUUCUGAAGCCACUCCAACCGUUGCCUUUGGAUCCGGAGGCUCCCGAGGACUUGGUGGAAAUCUUGGCUAUGGUUAUGGCUCUGCCUUCGGCUUCAGCAAUGGAUUCGGUUCUGGCUAUGGCCUUGGGGGCAACGUUGCAGAUGCUGCCAGUUUGGGAGUCCUCUCCGGAGUGAACCCAUCUUGCAUCAACCAGCUUCCUCCAUCAGAAGCCGUGAUCGACCCACCCCCAUUUGUGCUCACCAUCCCCGGUCCCAUCCUCUCCGCCACCCCCGAGCCUCUCCUUGUUGGAGGCAACACUCCUUGCGCUGUGAAUGGAGUUGGCCUUAGUGGAGUUGGUAGUGGAUUUUAUGGUGGGAAUUACGGUGGGGUUUAUGGUGGGAUAAAUGGUGGGCUAAUUAGUGGGCUCAAUGGUGGGCUAUAUGGUGGGCGCUAUGGGCGUUCCGGAUUCCUGGGAAGAAGUGGCAGCAUCUGCGGCUCCUUUUUGUAAGUUCUCAUGAACAUCUGGCCCAGGAAACGGAUCAACGAACCAACACACAACCAAAGUUUGACUUUAACUAAUCUGAGCACUCCUUUCCCAGAUCAAGUUCAUGUCAGAUGGGCUGGUGUUUGGCCCAAAUCGAAAUCAGGACCAUCUCUCUGUUCCAUGAUUCUGCUUUCUGUCCAAACCAGUGGUUCUCCACCUGUGGGUCUCCAAGUAUUUUGGCCUACAACUCUCAGAAAUCCCAGCCAGUUUACCAACUGUUAGGAUUUCUGUGAGUUGAAGGCCAAGACAUCUGAGGACCAACAGGUUGAGGACCACUGGUCUAGAUGUCUAUCCCUACUGUUUAUGUUUUUCUCUCUCUUUCCUUACAACCUUCCAACUGAGCAAAUGUAAAAGCAUAGGAU